AAGGGGGUAGUGGAGCUGCGUGCUUUCACACUGACACAGACGCACAAACGCGGAGGACCAAGCAUGCAGCGCAAACUGCUGAGAACUUUGCUUUAACUUUACUUUCUCACUUUGAGCUUUAAAUCGACCAUAGAUAACAGAAGCUUCUUGUUAUUUUUGGCUUUGGAUCGCUGACUCAGCCCCGGACCUGUUGGAUCAAACUCACUUGCAACUUCUGUCUGAGAUCGAGUGCGCUUUAAAGAAUAAACGUUGCAGAUCUGUAGACUUAAAGAUAUCUGUCUGGAGGAGCGCUGGAAGGAUGAUCUGACUCUGCGUAAAGUCCCAGAGGACAUCUAUCCCAUCUCAGCCAGAAAACACGUGAAUCUGCAGCAGGAGCCGCAGCGGCGUCCAGAGGGCUUCAGGGAACAUGACUGAGUCCGGCGGUUUAGUGGGAUACUUGUCAGCUCAUUUUACGUGACCGCAUGGUGCCUGUGCUGCGGGGUUAAAGAGCGCUCUCCAUGCAUGCUGGAGAAAUAAACAGAGUUGUUGCAAACACGUUGUUGGAGCUGUCUUGCACAAGUUUGGUGAGAGCUGCACAAUGCAGGGGAGUCUGAGCGCAUUUAUCCAGUGCUGUCUCAUCCUGCUGGUCGGUGCAGACCAGUGGAGGCUUAAAGACACAUCCAGCUGUGAGUUAAAUAAGAAGCAAUCUGACCUUAACUCCUUCCUCUGGACCAUCAAACGGGAUCCUCCAUCAUAUUUUUAUGGUACAAUCCAUGUUCCCUACACCCGGGUUUGGGACUUCAUCCCUGAAAAUUCCAAGCAAGCCUUCCAAGAGAGCAACAUUGUUUACUUUGAGCUGGACCUGACUGACCCUUACACCAUCUCUGCCCUGACCAGCUGUCAGCUGCUUCCCCAGGGGGAAAACCUGCAGGACGUCCUACCAAGGGACAUCUACAAGAGACUUAAAAGACAUCUUGAGUAUGUAAAACUUAUGAUGCCAUCUUGGAUGACCCCAGAUCAGAGAGGGAAAGGACUUUAUGCAGACUACCUCUUCAAUGCCAUUGCUGGGAAUUGGGAAAGGAAGCGUCCUGUGUGGGUGAUGCUGAUGGUGAACUCUUUAACUGAGGCAGACAUUAAGACACGAGGGGUGCCAGUGCUGGACCUUUACUUGGCCCAGGAGGCGGAGAGGAUGAGGAAGAGAACAGGAGCUGUGGAGAAGGUGGAGGAACAAUGCCAUCCGCUUAAUGGUCUCAAUUUCUCUCAGGUGAUCUUUGCCCUGAAUCAGACGUUACUGCAGCAGGAGUCUUUGAGAGCAGGAAGCCUUCAGGUUCCAUACACAACCGAGGACCUAAUCAGACACUACAACUGUGGGGAUCUCAAUUCAAUCAUCUUCAACCAUGACACCUCACAGGUGCCUAAUUUCAACAAUUUGACCCUGCCACCCAGUGAGCAGAUAACUGCUCAGGAAAUUGAUGCCUAUUUCCGACAAGAGCUCAUUUACAAGAGGAAUGAAAGGAUGGGCAAGAGGGUCAAAGCCCUGCUGGAGGAGCACCCUGACAAGAGCUUCUUCUUCGCCUUUGGUGCAGGUCACUUUCUUGGCAACAACACAGUUAUCGAUGUCCUUCGCCGCCAGGGAUAUGAGGUGGAGCACACCCCUGCUGGACAGCCCAUAAAGAGGAAAUCAUUAUUAAAAGCUGCUUCCCCAGCACUAGAGGAUCACCAUGAUGAUUUCACUCUACUGGAACCUUUUCUUCAUGAACUCCCCCACAAAGAGGAGGACCAUGGGCUUCCCCUGGAGGAGGAUCCAUUACCCCACAUGCUCCUUCCUGCAGACAGCCUGGAUCUCCUACAGAAAGCAGAGAGGAAAAUGCUGAAGAAAAAGAGGCGGAACAAGCAAAAGAAACAACGGAAUCGACAUUUUAAUGACCUCUGGGUCCGAAUAGAAGAGAGUUCGAUGGUGCAGUCCCCGCCUCCUCCCUUGGUUCGAAUCAUCAAUGGUUACAUCACAGUGGAGCCACCAAACAGAAUCUACAGCACUCAUGACUACCAUCAUCUACCGUCUUCCUCACCUUUCUCCUCCCUUCCAUACGUCAGGAUUAUUUUGAUUUCCACAGUUAUAGCUUUGAUAAUUCAGAAAGACUCUGCAGUCCUCUAGCAGGAAAUUGUUAAUUCAUUUAGCACAAAAGCAUUUAAUGAACUCAAUUUAAUAUAAGGUCUGAUUAAAACCGGGAGGGUUGACUUCAAUAAGCUGACGGACAUGUUAAAUGAGCAUUACAUGUAGCUAUUUGGCUGUUUUAAAAAUACAUUGUAAGAACUGAAAUUAAAAACAUUUUUUGUGUUUUUUGUAACAAACAGAUUCUUAUAAUUUUAUUUUAUUUUAGAGCUAUAAGACUGCACAGAAAAGUAAAAGAAAAAGCAACUGAAAGAAAAGGGAUCCAAACUAAUUCUCUUAGCAAUACCAUGUUUGUUAUCCUACCAAUCUUUUCAAUUCCUGCAACAGACAUACAAUUUUCUGAACAUAAAAUAUCAUUUAUAAACACUACUUGAACCAUUUCUCUUUAGCAGGGUUUGCUGAGUAUACAUGUCCAUGUGUGCUUGCUCAUGUAAGAGUGUUUGUCAGCGACUAUAGGCCUUAUGAACACAACCAGAAAUCUUCACAAUUUAAUUUAUUCAACAUGUACAAAAAUAUGCUUCACAAAUAUAUUACUUGACGAAAUUGUACAUAAUUAUUUUAAAUACUUUAGAAUUAUUUUAGAGUUAUCAAAAUAAAAAAAAUAUCAAAAGCAUUUUGGUUAUUUUUAAGUUAAGAUUUAAUCCAUAGAUGUGUGGUAUAUUUUUUAAAGGACAUCAGGAACUAACCACCACAGCCUGUGUCAUGUUUUACACUAAAAUGAAAGUUGUGAUAUUGACAUAUGAUUGUAUUGUAUAUUAUCAGUGUUAUUACCUGCUUUGAAUUAUGUGUUUGUUGAAAGAGUUCAUGACCAUGCAUUUUUGUUUAUCAUUAGGUUUAAAUUAUUCAACUAUACUAGCUUUCCUGUUAA